AUGCACAAGGCGCGAGCCGUGACUCCUCGGCCGGAUCCAAGCGCUGGAGUCGCAGCGUCGAGUCCUGCUCGUGCUUCUCCUGCCGCCGCCGCCGCUGCCGCCAAAACCUUUCAAUUUGUCACCGCAAACCCCUCCACCGACGCCGAACGCUCGCGGAACAAGACCCUCGUUCGUUCCAAUGCUUCCAACUACCACUGGCGCCGAGUCAGGAGAUCCACUGAUGGCGCUGCGACGAGUCGACCGCCGGUAGCAAGACGUCGUUCUUCGACCCGCAGCCAGGUCAAGCCUUCCAAGAGAGUCCUCGCCCCGGCGACUCCUCAGACGAUCGAGUCUUCCUCAACAGAAAGCGAAGAUCGGUCACCCAAGACUGAAGACGAGACAAUCGAGUUCGUGGCAGGCUCGCCUCUGCAAGGAUCGCAAGGAGGCGAGCUGGUAACAAUCACUAGCGCCAGCCUGUCCAGCCUGUUGGUAUCUGGGCACUAUGACCCGUUUGAAACUUAUCCAUGCGACUUGCCCAAGGAGUUCGUUAGCCCUAUCCUCGAUCAAGUGAACAGCUUCCUGUCGCUGAUGUUCCCGCCCGAGAAGGGUCAGACGAUGAGUCCUCAUUCGGAGAAAUGGCUCCAGAUGACCUUUCGCGACCGAAGUCUCUUCCAUGCCUCAUUGUUUUGUCAACUAACGCGCAAUCGCAUAUUCCUUUUGUCGCCUUCCGACUCUCCAGAGACAAUGCAAUGUUACACCGAAACCAUUCGAGGCGUGCAUCAGAAGUUCGCCGAUACGUCGGUGAGCUGCGAGGAUGAAAACAUUCUUGCGGUAUACGCCUUGUCCUAUCACGGCGAGCCUCGAGUCCAUCCUCCCACACCAGCACCAUCCCAAGGUCCAUUGACCACGUUGCAACUUCUUCAUCUGUAUGGCGGUCGCCUGCGGACCGUCAAUGUGCAUCUGCAAGGCCUGGCCAAGAUGUUGACGCUCCGGGGAGGCCUUUCCAAACUCAAGCUGCCUGGGCUGGCGCAAGCUAUUUCCUUCGGAGACAUCAUUCUGGCCUGCCAGACUCUCACCAAACCAAUGCUGCCGUACGAGAAGAUGCAUGACGAUGUCAUCGGACCCUUGAACGCGGCCUCGAGGAAAACCCAUCCGCUGGUCGGUCUAGGCCGAGGAUUCCGCAUCCUCCCCGAACUACUGGGUCACGAGAGGGUCGAGAAACUGCUCAUUGUUCUCAAGUGGAUCAUCCAGUACACGUUCGCCGUCGACGACCACGUCAAAGCCCGCCCGGAGGCCCAGAAACUGGGCUGCGUUUCGGACGAGAGGAACUUUGUGCAGCACAGUCUUUUGCUAUUGACGCCGCUGCCCGGCGAGGUCCAAGACGAGCACCCUUUGAUCCGACUCGCGCGUCUAGCCACCGUCAUCUACAGCCUGCUGGUCGUUUUCCCGCUCCCGGCCAUCGCCGCGCCCUUUCACCGCCUCGCUCGCGACAUCCAGGAGCUAUUGCUCGACUCCUCCCUCCAACCCUGGUCGAAUGAAGCCUCGGACCUGAUCCUGUGGGCCACGGCCAUGGGCGCCAUCGCCGCCAUAGGCUCACCGGACCGUGCCUGGUUCUGUGCGACUCUGGACGACUUGACCCGUCGUCUGGGCAUCGGUAACUGGGCGACCAUGCGCGACCGGCUGGGCAUGUUCCUGUGGUAUCAGUACACCAAUGACUCGGACGGCAUCAGGCUGUGGACAGAGAUCGAGGAGUCCAAUCUAUUCCGCGUCCCUCUGUGA